ACCUGCCAGCCCCUCAGUGUGUGCCCAGAGAGACACGGGCACCAUGGAACCCAUGCCGCUGCAGGACUUCAUACGCACCCUGGACCUCGCCUCCCUCCCGCGCGUGCUGCGAGUCUCCUCGGGGUACUAUUAUUCGAGCUCCAUCUAUGACAUCGGGGGGAAAGAGUGCUGCCUUUGCACGGGGGACCUGAUCAAGGUCACCCAGGUUCGCCUCCAGUAUGUGAUCUAUGAAAACUCGAAGAUGAAAAUGGUGGUCAGGACGAUUGACCCCAACUUCCAGGGCCACUUCGUCUCCCUCAACACUGCUCAGAGCUAUGAAACCCUGGGGGAGCUGGUCUUUGACAUAGAUCGGACCUCCAAGCAGCAGCUGCCCAUUUACAUCAUGUCGACCUGCAAGAUUGUCACAGAGGGCAAGGUGGUGACUGAUCAUGAGGUCCUCAUUUUUGAGGCUGUGGUGCGGCGCCGCCAUACCUCCUGUGCCCGCUGCAUCCUGGUCACGGAGGAUAAGCGGGUCAUCCUGCACCUGCCCCUAAACCAGAGGGGGCCCUUCAGGAUAUUGGAAGCCAGUCCUCCUCAAACUCUGCUCCAGGCCCUGCAGGAACCGAAGGGCCAGCUCUUCACCUGCCCCACCCUGCCCUGGGACCACGUGACCCUGAGGCCCAUGUAUGAGAUCGAAGCCAUCAUGCACAGUGAGUUGCCUGGGCAGGUGGAUGAUGGGGGCUGUUGGGAGAGAAAGAGGGGUGCCCCGGGGAGCUGCUCUGAUGGAAGACACUCCCACCCUAUCCCUGGGGAUCAGCAGGAACUUCAGAUUGCUCCCUCUGUAUUACGCUGCACUUAUUCUUAUUGAGGCUCAAAUGAUCUCAGCCAGGCCAGGCACGAUGGCUCGGGCAUGUAAUCCCAGCACUUCAGAGGAUUGCUUGAUCUCAGGUGUUCCAGACCAGACUAAGCAACAUAGCAAGAAC